CUCGCUGGAUAGAGCAGAGUCGCAGCGCGGUCGGUAAAGCAGCUAGGGCGCGCCCCCGUCCUCCGCGGCCCUCGCCCCGCGCCCGACGCGGACCGAACCCCAGUACGAUCGAGCGAGACGGGCCGGGCGUACCUGCUACAACGACCGUACAAUGCGUCACACUACGCGAUUAUGAGGCGAACGCGACUAUUUUCCUCAAAUAAUCAGUGAAAUAAUGUAAAACGUUCGUCAAAAAGUAACUACAAGCCGCCGCGGCGUCACCUGCGUGCCCGCUCCGUUGUCCUCCCGCCGGCCGGCGGACGCUGCACGCGACAACGCUUCCAAUAAAAAAAAAACUAAAAUUUCGAUGUCAGUGAGCGUGAGGACUCUAGUGUCAGUGUAGUGUAGUUUUAAAAUAGUUAAAUGGAUAAACGGCGUGCAAUGUUCGUAUGAGGAAGAAAGGCAACCGGAACAUCAUGUCGGUGGGCCUGCAGCGGCGCGUGCCGCCGCUGGACGACGCGCCGGGCGUUCCGGCGGCCUGGAAGAGCGGCAACCCGGAGCCGCCGUUUUCGUCGUUCGCGCCGCCCGCGGGCUCCCCGGCCGGCCCGGCCUUCGCCGCCUCCCCCGCGCCCUCCACCCCCGGCCCGGGCUUCGCCGGCCCACCUUAUGCGGCUCCUUUCGGGAGUCCCUCGGCCCGGCCCGGGAGCGGCGGCGGGGGCUUCCCGCCGGGCCCGCCGCCGCAGCAGGGGCACUUCCCGGGGCCGAACUUCGCGCCUCCCGGGUCCCCGUUUCACCCGCACCCGCCGCAUCCGAUGCCCCCGCAUCCGCACAUGAUGGCGCCGCUACCGCCGCCUGUUGACAGGCGGCACACUCCAUAUUUCGGACAACCGGAUUACAGAGUUUACGAACUCAAUAAGCGGUUACAACAGAGGACAGAGGACUCAGACAACCUCUGGUGGGACGCGUUCGCGACGGAGUUCUUCGAGGACGACGCGACGCUAACGCUAACCUUCUGUUUAGAAGAUGGACCUAAGAGAUACACAAUAGGAAGGACGCUGAUACCGCGCUACUUCCGCAGUAUAUACGAGGGCGGAGUCUCAGAGCUGUACUACACGAUGCGGCAACCCAAGGAGUCCUUCCACAACACCAGCAUCACGCUGGACUGCGACCACUGUACGAUGGUCACGCACCACGGCAAACCCAUGUUCACUAAGGUGUGCACAGAAGGCCGGCUGAUCCUCGAGUUCACAUUCGACGACCUCAUGCGCAUCAAGUCCUGGCACAUGGCGGUUCGAGCUCAUCGGGAGCUCAUUCCUCGGCAGGCCGUCCAUCCGCCGGACCAUGCCGCCCUAGACCAGCUCUCCAAGAACAUCACACGCCAGGGCAUCACCAACUCCACGCUCAACUACUUGAGGUUAUGCGUGAUAUUGGAGCCGAUGCAGGAGCUGAUGUCGCGGCACAAGGCGUACGCGCUGUCGCCGCGGGACUGUCUCAAGACCACGCUCUUCCAGAAGUGGCAGCGGAUGGUCGCACCCCCUGAGUCGUCGCGGCCGGCGAGCAAGCGGCGCAAGCGCAAGGGCAGCGCGGGCGCCAACGCCGCGCCCCCCGCGCCCGCCAAGAAGCGCUCCCCCGGACCCAACUUCAGCCUCGCCUCGCAGGACGUGAUGGUGGUGGGCGAGCCGUCGCUGAUGGGCGGCGAGUUCGGCGACGAGGACGAACGCCUCAUCACGCGGCUCGAGAACACGCAGUACGAGGGCGACGCCGAGUGGAGCGCCCCGCCGCCGCAGGAGCCCGCCAAGACGCCGCCCGGCAACCACUGACGCCCGCCGGCAACCACGACCACGCUAGAGGGGGUUGCGAGCGCCUUGCCACGGGGUCAUGUCAAAAUUUACCAACUUUGAUGUUAACGGUGGUCCGGUGUCACUGGAAGCACUUGAACUCCAAGGAUUUAGAAAUGGAACGUUGUCAACUAGGAAACUCAUUGUUUUUUAUUAACACAUUCAUUGCCACCCAGCCAAGCGAGACGUCCGCGCCAGGCCACAAAAAUUUCGUCAUAUAAAGCAGUAGUACCACGAUCCCGACUAUCGGGUCGUCCGGCCUGGGAACGAAAUCAUAAAAUACCCGAUAGUCGGGUUUUUCGGCACUGAACGUGUUAAAUAUUUUGUCGUUUUUAAAUAGUGAUACUCUGGCACUACUAUAUAAACUGAUAUCGAUAUCAUAUAGGAAAGAAAAAGUGACCAAUGAAAGAAACAGGAAAGUUAAAACUGUUAGAGAUAUACCAAAAAAAAGUCUGCAGCGAUUUUGAUAGCAUACGCAGUGAAAGUGUUAUUUUAAACGUCAAACUUCUAUGAAAUUAGGACAUAAAUAACAGUUGCACUGCAUGGGCUAUCAAAAUCGCUGCAGACUUUUCUUGGUCUAGCUUCUAUACCAUUUAACGUCAAGGACGUGAUAUCACGUGUUCGGCGUCGAACCGGUUAAUUCAUGAUGGUAGCACAGAACAAAUCAAAAGUCGGGUGACAAGCAAAAGUCACUAAGUACUUAUAUUUAUAGAGGGGUCUAACGCGAAUUUGUUGAAAUAUGAUGUCUACCCCAAACUUUUCCAUACACUUUUCGUCGGGUAGUUGCACAAAUCUCUGUUUUGACAUUUUGCUGGGACAUCAGUCAGCCGCGACCACGAACAGUGAAACCUGUGUCGAAACGACGGUAAAUCAAGGUAAUUGAAUAAUAUUCGCGUUAGACCUGUCUAUAAAUGGGAGUCACUAAGUACUAUCAAAAAUUUUAAGUAACAAUGCACUUUAUUACACUUGUAACACGGUUUAUUGUCCAAUAAUUUCGAUGGUGUUAGUUAGUCACUUUUGCUUGUCACCCGACGUAAUAAAGUAUAAACUUUCUAUAAGUUGACUAGUUGGGCAAGAACAAAUAAUUAAAAAAAAACAACGGGUUGCACUCCGGGAGAAGUGAAAACUCAAUGACAGUCUUACGUCUUACGGUCACGUGACACCUGUUACGAGUUUAACAUUUUUUUCCCCAUCACAAAAAAUGCACAGCGCCGCUGAAGAAGUUUUCACUUCAAAAAUCUGGUUUAAGUGCAUUUAAUUGCCACCGACCACAGUUAUGGAACUUACUACAGAUAGUGCAUAAUUGCUUUCCAUCGUAUUUUCUCGGAAACGUUCGUAUUUGUUUGCUACUUCAGACAACCUCAGUACUUUUUGUACCGAGACUGACUGAAAUAGCAAGACACGUUCGGACGUUUCCGUGAAAAUACGAUGGAAAAUAAUUAUGCAUUAUAUCUGUACUGCGUUGUAGUUAACGCUCAGAAGUUAUAAAUUAUGACAUGUCACUAUAGUUUGUAUCUUUAGGUAUUUAAAAAAAUAUAUACAAACAAUUUGUAAAUUUUCGGGUAGCUAUAACAUUUAUUGGUUAACCGACCAAAUUCAAAACCGCCUGGAUCGGUCACUGAACGACCUGACUUUAACGUACAUUAUUUGAUCAUGUAAUGUUUUGUUUACUUUUAUUUAAAUACCUAAAGAUACGGAGUAUAGAUAAAUUCGCACGGAAACAUCUCCUGGAUAACAGUUUUGCUAAAAUUCAGGGUAAUAUUUAAUUUAUGACUACCUUCAGUUCACAAUAGAUUAAGAAUAGAGAUCUAAAAAAAAAACAUUCAAUAGAUGUUUCCGUUGCGGUCGAACCUAUGGCAAGAGAUGUGAAACGCGUAUUCUCUGGGUCUUGUCUCGGUGGAAUAUCGCCUAUCCCUGUCUGACUGCAGCUGUGACUGAGUGAGUGAAAGGGAGACGGCUAUCGUGUUUUCGAAUCGACCACAAGCCCUGUACGCGUCCUGGAAGGCGUCAGUGCUCCAGACUGUUUAUGAGCCCCUGGUACAUUGUAAUUUUUUGACUUACGAAACGCGGGCACACAUGGAUUAUUGUCAACAGAUAUAAAUAAAUAAAUAUAGGCCUUUACGGAUAAAAUAAGUUAA